AUGGCCCCUAUCGCGUUACCUGCCUCCCAGAUAAAUGCCACAUCGUAUGACGAGCGAACAUACGGCGACAUAGCCAAUCAGGCAGAAGCUGUCCAUGGUGCCUUGGAGAGCCUGGGUGUCUGCGCCGGUGACACACUGUGCCUCAUGGUCGACAAUCGCCUCGAGCUGCUGCCCAUGCUCGUGGGAGCAGCUUGUGCGAAUGUGGGUGUCGUCUACGAGAUCCCGGGCUACGCUGUCGAGGUCCUCAUUGAAUGGAUGAAAAACAUUGAUUUCACUGCCAUCUGCUGUGAACUAAGCAAUGUUGACUCAGCACUUGAACUGAAGCACGUCAUUGUAUUAGGCGAAGGUAAGAACCUACCAAGUGGCACAGAAGCCGCCGUGAUUUUGUGGAGCCAGCUGAUCAAGAUGGGCACCAAGGCGCGUCGUCUUUCAGCGCUCGCCGUCGAGUACCAAGCGAACCGAAUCUGCUACGUAGCCCCGACAAGCGGCACCGUGGGGAAGCCCAGGAUGGUCGUGCACUGCCACGAUUCCCUUGUUGCCAGUGUGCAGUCUAUCAGCCACCAGCAGCAUAUGGGUCUGACGGUGGAAGACGUGCUUCUGUGCACCAGCCCACUUGGUCAUGUGUACGCUUUGUUCGCCUGCGUGUGCAAAGCCAUCGUCCACGGAGCCACGUGCGCCUUCCUGAAGAAGGCAGAGACAGAUGCACUUCUGGAAGCAAUUCAAAGGCUCAAGGUAUCCACGCUAAACACGGUGCCAUAUCUAGCCCGCUGCCUUCUAGAACACCCGCAGCGCAGCCACUACGAUCUCAGCCAUUUACGGUACUUGGCAACUGCAACAACCUACAUCAGCGAAGAUGUCGCAAGGACACUUUUCCGCGAGCUAAAUCUCAAGAGCUACGUUCAGAUCUAUGGAAAAACCGAGAUCGUCUUCAUAUCGGGAGGUCUCUACGAUUCACCGCCCAGGUUCACAUCAGUUGGGCGUCUAGGAGCGGGCCUGGAAGCCAUGGUGAUAGACACUGAAACGAAGAAACCACUCGGUCCAAUGCAGCAUGGUGAGCUCGUGAUUCGAGGACCCGGUCUUAUGCGAGGCUAUUUGGGAAUGGAAGACGAGCCAUGCACGGAUCCCGAAGGCUGGUACAGAACAGAGAACGCGCCGAAAGAACUUCAGCUCGAAGGCGGUGUCACGCUCGUUGACUCGAUACCGCGCAACACGCUUGGGAAGUUGGUGAGGCGCGAGCUGCUGAAUUGGGUGCUCCAGAUCCAUCACCAACGCAAACUUUAG